CACUUCCCCUCUGAGUCUCCACUCAAACCAAACUUUGUUCCAUUCUGUCCAAUGCCCUCAACUUCUCCUCUGCUUCCUCUGUCCUUUGCUUCCACUCAUCUCCUUUCAUCUCUUUCCCUCUCCCUUUCCUGUAACUCACAUUCUCUCUUCCCAGAUCCCUUUCAGGUACAGCUGGCAGGAGGCUGCGAUUCUCACUUUGGAGAAGCAUCAACAGGCUUCAUGCAGAUUGCGUAUCAAGGACCAGAUCUUGUGAGUUUCCAGAACACGUCAUGGUGGCCAUCUCCAAAGGGAGGAAGGAGAGCUCAGCAGGUCUCCAAACUAUUCAAUCAGUACCAUGUGGUCAACUUACGAAUACAAGCAAAUAUUAAUGACAUGUGCCCCCAUUUCCUCUUGGGUCUUCUUGAGGCAGGGAAGGCAGACCUUCAGCGACAAGUAAGGCCAGAGGCCUGGCUGUCCACUGGCCCAAGUCCGGCACCUGGCCGUCUGCUCCUCAUGUGCCACGUCUCUGGCUUCUACCCAAAGCCAGUGUGGGUGACGUGGAUGCGGGGUGACCAGGACCACCAGGGCACCCGACGAGGCGACGUCUUGCCCCAUGCUGACGGGACAUGGUAUCUUCAGACGUCCUUGGAUGUGGAAGCCAGAGAGGCAGCUGGCCUGUCUUGCCGAGUGAGACACAGCAGUCUAGGAGGCCAGGACGUGGUCCUCUACUGGGGGACUGCAGAUCAUAAAGGACAUAAAAUUAAUAACACAAGAAAUGGAGAGCUGAAGGUGAGGAUCCUACAGAUGUGGGAGGAAGCAGAGUGUUUGGUGAAGUGUCCAUCUCUGAGCAGGGAUGGGAAACGAGAAGGAGGAAGGGUGGUUGGUGAGGCAGAGGGUGACAGGAGCAAAAAGGACCAGGAAGGUGCAGUUGAACCCAAGAUGGAUGGGAAUUGACACCGUCUGCACCAAACCCACAGAGCAGCACCGCCCGGUGGGCUUGGUCUUCCUGGCGGUGAUCGUGCCCCUGGUGCUUCUGGCAGGUCUUGUGUUCUGGCUCUGGAAGUGUCGGUAAGUCUGGAACCACCUUCCUGCUCUUUCCCAUGCGUCUCCUUACCUUCCUCUCUGUCCUCAGCCCUCUACCUCCCCGUGCCCCUCUCCCUGCUGUCCUCACCUACACCCACUGCAGAGCAAUUUCCAAUUUGAUCUUCCCAGGAAAACACACUGGAGACAUCGGUUCACUGGCCUCCCUUUAGAGCAAGAUCCCGGCAGCCCAGGAGUCAGGACAUACUUAAACCCAGCUCAGUGGUGAUGGAUUUGCAAGUCUCUGUGCGCAACUUUUGUCUUUUCUCUCUGCUCGAUGAUGGGUUGUCAAGAUGAGUUAAGUGUAAUUUAGCAGGAUUUCUUGUUCUGAUGUGAUGCUGGGGCUUAAAUCUCUAAUUUAUCUCAGAGUAAAAUGAAGUCCGAGUACCUCCAUGGGUCACAGGCAUCUGUGUCACUUCCUCCAGGGAGCCUUCCCUGAUCCACAAGAGGAAGCGGUCUCUGCCUGGUGUGAAUUUCCGCCACUUUAACCUGCACUGUGGAUAAUCUGCGCCUCACUUCCCAUCCUUUUUGCCCCACAUUUACAUCCUUUUUCCCUUCCAAUUCCUAGGUCUCUUGAGUGCAAAGCCCGUGUCUUUUUAAUAUUUGCAUCCUUGACAAGGAGUCUCACCUGCAUGGAAUAUGUCCUCAAUAAAAGUCUGUGUUGAAUUGAUGCCAA